GGGUGGACAAUAGGUGGUGCUGCCAUAACGCUGGAGAAAAUCAUGGCGGAAGUAGAAGAGUUGCAGAAACUACAACUUCUACAAGCGUUAACUCACCUGGUUUCUCGUGGACGCGAAUUGUUACAAAGUGUAAAUGAAGAAAGCAGGCGUGGUUUGUUGAAAGAUUUUGCUUUAAACAAUCUUAACAUUUUGUUUGGAUUUACUGAUGCCGGUGCAAACUUUCUUACAAGCUUGUCAGUGAAAAAAAGAAGUGAUGCUGAAAAAUUGUGGGAAUAUUUUUUUCAAGAUGAAGAUGUGCGUGAUCAUGUUGAAGAAUUACUGCAACUUGAGGUGGAUUGGGAUGAGUUUUUACAGCAUUUGGAUUCAUCCUUAAAUCUCUGUGAUACGCCUAGUGUCCCCAUGGUACGGCUGGGAGGAUAUGUUCCUCGAGAUUUACAGCUUAAAGAUGCUAGAACAAACGAACACCUAAAACUGAGCAGUUACUUUAGAAGAGGCACGAAGACACUGCUGGUCUUACUGAGGCAUUUUGCUUGACUGCCUUGACGUGAUCACAUAGCAGAGCUUGAAAGGAACCAGAACCUUUUGAAUGCUGUACCUCUGCGUGUUGUCGUAAUUUCAUUUGGCUGUCAGGAGGGAGCACUGUACUGGCUUCAGGAGACGUCUUGUAAAUAUGAAAUGCUGCUCGAUGAAGAUAGAAAGAUUUAUCACACUUUUGGAUUGAAGCGAUUGACAAAGGUGUGGUCUUUCAGUAGUUUGUUCCUGUAUGCCGAGUACAAAGCUUCAGGGCGUCCAUUCCCCCACACUCCUCUUGGGAUUCAAGAUGACAUCUACCAGUUUGGUGGUGAUUUUGUUUUGGAUGAGCAAGGCAAAGUCAUCUAUUUUCAUCCUAGCCAGAGUACUGCCGACAGGCCAUCUACUGAAGACCUCCUGAAAGCCAUUUGCUGUUAAGAUGUUCUCAAUAAUCUGUAAGAAGUAAUCAGAGAGUGGUAAUAUCAGCCUGUGUGAAUGAAGACAGUGCUCAAAGUCAUACUCAUGAAGAGUACUGUAUGAUGUGUACACGUGCCUGGGAAUACAUUCUUACCACUUAAAUCUAUCAAGAAUGGUAUCAUCAAGUGAUAGGUUGGUAUAAUUAAACGUAAAGUGGAAUUGAAA